AUCUGUGAUAUUUCAUUGUAUUGCCGUAUUGGGUGUGGUUGUAGCAUUCAUUCAAUGUUUACUCUUAAUAGUCUCACAUUUUAAUAUUUUAUUCUUUCAGUUAAAAUAUAAUAUAUACCUAUUUUAUUUUAUAUAUGUAUAAGAUGGCUCAAUCUUACAAUACAGUCAUCAUCAUAGGAGCGGGUGUAUCAGGAAUUGCAGCUGCUACCAAACUACUAAAGAAUAACUUCAACAAUUUUAUCAUAUUGGAAGCAGAAAACCGUAUUGGUGGUCGUAUUCAAACUUUACCCUUUGGUGAUGGGCACAUUGAACUAGGAGCACAAUGGAUUCACGGAGAAGAAGGGAAUGUAGUAUUCCAAAUGGCUUCUGCUCAAAAUUUAGUAUCUGAUAAAAGAGAAACCAUACAGCAAUUUAUUAAUUCUACAUUUGUUACAUCAUCAGGUACCGAAAUAAAAUCUAACCAUCUUCGUGAAUACUUAAAAGUAGCUUAUUCUAUAUUCGAUGAUAGCCCAAAAGAUGAUUUAGAACGAUUCAUGUCAUUAGGAGAGCUUUUUCAUAAAAGAAUUGAAAAUGUCUUAGUUGACACAGAAGAACUACCCCUGAAUCAAUUUGUUAAUUGGUGCCAACAUUUUCAAAAUUCUUAUAAUGGAAGUGAUAGUUGGUUUGAAGCAUCUGCAAUUAAUAUAGACACAUAUAAAACUUGUCCUGGUGAUCCUGCAAUUAGUUGGAAAUCAAAAGGAUAUUCAACUGUAAUAGAUUUAUUGCAGGAAAAGUUCAAUGAUGAAGUAGAAGAUAUACAUAUUAAAGAUAAAGUAAUAUUUGGAAAAGAAGUUGUAAAAAUAUAUUGGUCUGGUGAUCAAGCAGAAGUAUUAUGUGCUGAUAAUAGCCGUUUUAAAGCACAAUGUAUUUUAACUACAAUGAGUCUUGGUGUUUUAAAAAAUGUGUGUAAUGAAUUAUUUGAACCAGAACUUCCUGAGUAUAAAUUAAAAGCUAUACAGAAUUUAGGUAUUGGAACUGUGGAUAAAUUAUUUUUGAAAUUUCCAUAUUCAUGGUGGUCAAAAAACACCACAGGGUUUAGUUUUUUAUGGUCCGAUGAUGAUCGUGCACAAUUCAUUAAAGAAAAUAAAAGACGUGGUUGGGAUUAUCUGUGUGAUGUAUUUGGUUUUUAUAUUUGUGAUAACUGUCCAGAUACACUCCUUGGAUGGAUAGUUGGUCCUGCUGCAAGAAACAUGGAACGGAAAUCUUUAGAUGAGAUAAAAAUUGGAUUGAUGUAUUUAUUGAAUAAAUUUUUGGGAGACAAAUACACUAUACCAUUUCCCGAUUUAGUAACUAGAUCUCAAUGGGGUUCCAAUAGCCACUUCUAUGGUUCAUAUUCUUUUCAUUCUAUGAAUACCGAUAAAGAAGGAAAAGCCAAUAGUCAAUUAGCAAAACCUCUAGUUAAUUCCGAUGGAAAAAAUAUUUUGCUUUUUGGUGGUGAAGCAACACAUAGUUCUUACUUUUCAACUGUACACGGUGCAAUUGAAACUGGUUGGCGUGAAGCUGACAGAAUAUUGGAACAAUUUACAGAGUAAAUAUUAGAACAACAUAAAUUUAACAAUGUUUAUUAUACUUCUUAUAUUUCAUUACUAAAAAAUAUUUUUUUAAUUUUAUUAUAUUGAAUUUUAUUUGUUAGUUAUUAUAUAACUUUUACAUGUAUGUUGGUUGUAAUAAAUUUUAUAUUCAUUAAUAUAUUCUAAAAUUAAUUGAUGUUGAUUAUUUUUUAUAGAUGUCUUACUUUGUCACUUAUCUA